CACAUUACGGCUUCUUCGUUGAAUAGUUAAUUUUUUUUUUAAAGAACCAGUUUUAUGGAGCGGGCAUAUAAUAUAUUAUACAGUUUUACAUGUAUUUUUCCAGUGACACAUCGUGUGUUGUUUAUUCGUAAGUAGAAAACAGGUGAAGCUGUGGUAGCUUUAGCACAGGGGAAGAAGAAGAAGCAGCCCACACCAUAACAACAACGUGGUUUUAUAGAAGCUACUGCUGCUUGCUGACUUUAUUUACAAUGAAGCAACAGCCCGAAAACCAGCAGCAGCCCUCUCUCUAUUUAGAAGUUUGCUUUCAAAACGAGGAGCCGCGCCUUCCCCUGCACACCUCCAUCGUCCUGUUCCUCCUUUCUUACUGCGAGUGCAAGUUUUUUAAAGUUUACCUGGUCUUCAAGAAACCCAGCAGCUCCGAGUCUCUGAGAAGUCAGCUGCCAGAGCAUCUGGACUCCUCUGAUGUUCAGUCAGAGGCUCUGCCUCAGCUGGUGAGGGACUGUCGCCUCCCUGCUGUUUUGGAUGAGACUGGGCAGCUCUGCAGGGCAGGACUGGCAGUGGUCCUUAGACAUAUUAUCAACAAAACCAUCGAGGCUGACCCCUCCAGAAAUGAUGUACUGGCUCUGCUGGGUUUCAAGAAGACUUGUCUGAAAGCCUGCGCUGAGGUGAGCCGGUGGACUAGAUUGUGUGAAAUUGAAAUCCCCUCUGCUGUUGAAGAACAUCUCCAGAAUCCUGCAAAUGAUGAUCAACAGGUGCCCCUCUCCAUUCUCACUCUUGAGCGAAGGCUCGCGGAGCCUGUCAGAGUCCACAACGAUGACAAAAUACGAAGGCGGAAACUCCAGGAGCAGAGACGUGAAGAGUCUGCUGAAAGCCAAGAGAACCUGGACUCCGAGUCUGAGCCUGGACAGUCGUCUCAGGCCUGUGAUGGACUUGAGCUUAGAGCAGCUUUGGCCAAACUGUCUGUGGAUUCAGUACCAGCUUUAGCCACCAGAGAGAACUCUGAGAUCAGGAAAGUGAAGACAGCAGAUUUGCCUCCGUUGGAGCAUGUGUUUGCCGAGGGACUGUACUUCACUCUGACUGAUGUGGUGCUGCUCCCGUGCAUCUAUCAGUAUCUGUGUUCCCUCCAAGCACGCGCUGCCGCCACUCUACAUCAUCUCCCCCACCUACUGCGCUGGUACGGCCGUGUCCAGGAGGUACCGGGGGUGCUUCGGGCAGCCAAGGCUUGUGGGCUACUUCUCUCCAUACCCCAGGCUCCCACGUCUGGACUCCCAAUUCUCUCAGCAGAGGACAACCCAACCAGUCUACCGGUGGAAGAGGAAGAAGGCCGGGAGAUGGCCCCAGAGGUUCCUUUUGUCGGCGGCCCAAGGCCCACAAUGACUAAACUCAAAGAAAAUGGCAUCGAGGCAGUCUUCACUCCUCAUCCUUGCCCUUCCUGGACCCUCCCAUGGGAAAGCUUACCAGGAGCGAUCAACCCUACUGAAGGGAAAAUGUCAAAUAUCCGUGCAGUCAGGAAGAUGCAACAGCUGAAUAACUUGGUUGCCAUGGUUACAGAGCUCGCCAGGCCAGGAUACACCAUCGUGGAUUUCUGCAGCGGAACGGGCCACGUAGGGAUUGUUCUUGCUCACACACUUCCAGACUGCCAGGUCAUCCUCAUAGAGAACAAAGAAGAGUCCUUGGUCAGGGCUCAGAGUCGCAGUGCUGAGCUCGGUCUGAAAAAUAUCGGCUUCAUUCAGGCCAAUCUGGAUUACUUCACUGGACCUUUUCACAUCGGGGUGAGCAUAGCAAGUUACAAAAAUCGUUUUUGCACAAUUUGUUUCAUUUAUUUGCAUGAUGAUCCAAAGAGUACAGUACUGUAUAACUGUACUCGUUUUUUGUCUUUGUUUCAGGAACACAUGAUCCUCUGUCGCUUCGCAGACCAGACGGCUGUCCAGCUUCCGCCAGACAGGAGACUCAUUGGUAAACAGUGUAUGGGCUUGGUAGACUUGGACCGGUCAUGGGCAGCAGAGACUCAUGGGUAUUCGGUUCAAGUAAUGACUAUGGAGCCCGAAAGCUGCUCACCAAAGAACAACAUGCUGGUGGGAAGGCCGCUGCAGAAGAGAGGACUGGAAGUCACCGCUGGCCAACUGGAAGAGGCAGUGCAUAAUUAGCACUCGAUUCUCUGGAGUACAGCAGAGCGUCUUUAGCAUUGUAAGGGUUUGAUAAACUAUCCGGCUUCUGGCUGUAUCACGAGUGUUUUUUAAACCACCCUCAACAAUUUACUUAAUUUUUUUACAAGCUCAGCCUUAACUGCAGAAAAUACAUGUUUAUUAUUUCUGUACUGUCAAAGGUCAUCUGGCUUUGUGGCUCAAGAGUUGGGAGUUCGCCUUGUAUUCGGAAGGUUGCCGGUUCGAGCCCCGGCUUGGACAGUCUCGGUCGUUGUGUCCUUGGGCAAGACACU